AUUUUGUUGUAGUCCCGCGGUAGAUGAAUCGAGCUCGGCUUGCUAAUAACAAACACUCCGUCUUGUGCAAAACUGAGACCAGCGGGGGAAACUCUCCACGUGAAGCGGGCUGAGGCAACAGUGCCAUCAUGUACCCGAGCCCGAACAACCCCAUGAAGCCCAGCUGCAGCAGCAGCAGCAGCAUCACUGAGCUCCUGGGUGCCCUGUGUGACUCCAGCCUGUCUGGGGUGUCGUGGAAACGUCGUGCCCUGGGGGGAGUCUCAAGAGAAAGUUUCCACAGAGCUCUCAAGAAGUGUGCCUACGGGGCCCUGCUGUCCAAGAUAUUUCAAGAUGGCACCAAAGGCCCCGCCUCGGGACCGAGUGCCACAGCUAAUACACCACCCAGGAACAAAGUUCUGAUGAUAUGCUUUGACUUGCGGGUGGCAGGGUGCCGGGAGGAAGCCGAGAGGCUGGAGGAGCAGCUGGAGAAGCUGCCGGAGGAAUCGUCAUCAUCUGGCCUGAAGGAAGUAGAUGCAGUCCUUGAGCUUCUGGUGCACCUGGCUGGUUCGGCACCUCCUCCCGUGACCUCCUUCAGCAGAGACUACAUGAGACGAGAGAGGCCCGUGUUGCGGAGGCCUCGACCCUGGGGCUACCAGAGCGAGGAGCUGCAGAGACUCGAGGCCCGUGCCUGGGGUUUAGUGUGUGGGGAGGAAUGGGGGACUUUAGAGAGUUUGUGUGGAACUCAGAGGUUGAUGGAUGCCCCUCCAGGCACAGGACUGCUGACUCUGAGGACUAAAUUGGAAGCUGAAGAAAGAUUUGAGAGGGAGACCAGGCUGACGCUGUUUGGAGCCCUGCAGCACACUCGCACCUCAGACAUAGACAUACGAUUGGACCUGCCUCCUGUGCCCAGUAAUGUAGAUGUGACUGGCCUGGCUAUAAGGGUCCCUUCCAGUUUAGAUCAGUCGGAGGAUGAGGGCUUCCAGUCAUCUUCCAACCUGACCCCAGACUCUCAGUCAGAGCCCAGCCCGGUUCCAGACGUUGAUAUAUGGGAGGCUCUCCGCACGUUUGAGCCUGGAAGGCGCCGCUGCUGGGAGUCUGUCGGCUGCCCACCGGGAAAAAAGGAGUCCCUCUAUCUAACAGAGGGAGGCAGGGAGGCCUUUGACCAACUCUAUCGUCUAUGCGAGGGGGAGAUGAGGGUGGUUAGCACGAGCACACCUUCCCCUCUCCUCCCGCUACCCCUGGACUCUCAGACCCAGCUGGUGUCCGACCUCCUCAACGUCUUGAUCGGAGUGGCGUCCACGACCUUCCCUCUCAACCAGAGUGUUCAGUUUGACGUCAGACCUGGUGUGUGCGUGUCAGGAGCCUCUCCAGAGAGUGUGUCACGUCUCUUGGGGGAGCUAGCCCAGUACGGCACCCACUACCUGAGGCUUAGCCGCUUCUCUCUGCAGAGUGCUGACAAAAAGGGCCUGGUGUUUCAGGCUUUUACAGGUGGUCUGCGGAAGUAUCUACAUUACUACAGGGCUUGUGUCCUCAGCACUCCACCCAUCCUCAGCCUAUUAACUAUCGGCUUUCUCUUCCGCAAAGUUGGCCGCCAACUGAGGUACCUGUCAGAACUGUGCUGCGUAGACGGGCCUUUGGGUGCAGGCCAGGCUACCUUCCCUGUGGGUGUUAAACUGCUGUCCUACCUGUACAAUGAAGCGCAGAAUAACUGCAGCAACGAGAACUACCCUGUACUACUGUCGCUGCUGAAAAGCAGCUCCGAACCUUACACACGGUUUGUGUCUGACUGGGUGUAUAGCGGCGUGUUUCGGGAUGUUUAUGGAGAAUUCAUGAUCCAGGUCAAUGAGGAGUAUCUCAGCUAUAGAGACAAACACUUCUGGGUCCAAGGCUACACUCUGAUCUCAAAGGUUGUGGAGGACUGUGUGCCCCUCUUCCUCAGACACAUCGCCAAUGAUGUGUAUGUAUGUGGAAAGACCAUCAACCUACUCAAGAUCUGCUGCCCACAGCACUACAUCUGCUGGUCGGAGCUGCCCGUGCCUCGCAUUUCCGUCACCUUCUCCCUGCAGGAGGUGGAGGAGAUUGAGAGGGACUGUGCCGUGUACCGUGGACGCCUGGAGAGGAUCGCUAAGCACAGCGCCAUCAGCAGGGAGGAGCAAGCCCAGCGAGCAGAGCAGGCACGCCAGGAGCUGAUCAAUCAGGUCAGAGAGUCAGCAGCCAAAACCCUGGAGAGCAUCCGUGGGCGCCAGGUGUCACAACGUCUGGCCGAGGAGGCCAAGAAGAGGGAGCGUUUUGAGGAGCUGAAGCAGCACCUGGAGCAGGAGCAAGAGUGGCGAAGUGCAGCCAAGAAGAAGCAGGAAGAGGAUGACUUCAGCUUUGCCAGGGAGGUGAGAGACAGAGAAAGGAGACUGCAAGCCCUCGAGGAGCAACUGGAGCAGAGAGCCAGAAAGGAACUGAUUGCUCAGUACAGCCGUCUGUCAGAGGAGGCGGCUCGCAGAGAGAGGCGGGCCAUGUGGCGAGUGCAGCGAAUGAGACUUGAUGACGCCCGGGCUCAGUUCUUCAUGCACGACAGGCAGCAGACUCAGGCAGUGCUAGAGAAAUACCCUUUAGGCCAGAAGAGACCUCCCGUGGAAGUGGUGCCAUCUGUUCUCUCAGCACAACAGACUGCACCACAACUAACACUGGAAUCUCUUCCUCAGGAUCCAUCUCAACAGCGGUCAGCAGAAACUGAUCAACCUGAUGCUGAACUACCACCACCUGACCCAUCUUCAACCACCCUCACCCCCCUCACAGUGGACCCUGCCCUCAUCUCUGAGGACAUUGACAUCAAUGAUUUCCUCCCUAAACCCCCAAAUCCUGACAGUCAGCAGGUGGACACGGCCCUGAAGGAUAUCGGCUCUGACCUACCUGAAGUAUGUCCGACAGCGCAACUAGUAGACUAUGACUUCAGUGCCCCCUUUAGUCCACUUGAGGGUAUCACUGGCCAGCCCUCGGCCCAGCCCCGGCCUCGUUGGGGACCUGCAGUCGAGCCUGACUUGAUCCAAAACCACCCCUCUCUUUCACACAGUGCCAUAGGAGAGAACGUGUCUCAAAUCAAUGACAGUCUUCCGAAAGCUGGUCAAACCUCCAAAUCCAGCUUUCCUCUAGGUCAGUACAUCCCUGAGGGGCCCCAGAAUACAUUUAAAGCAAGUAUUUAUGGACAUCCCUCUCACGCCUCAGUGCAGCUAGGAGAUGGGAGUGCCUCAAUAGUGAUAGAACAGAAGACUGAAAUGGAAGAUUUGGGAAGUGUAGAAGCGAAUAAAGAUGGACAAUCUGUUGAGACUACAAAGGAAGCUGCAAGCACUCCAGUCCACAGCUCAGAUGGUCAAGAUAAAGCUGUUGAAAAUAUUUCUUUGUCAAAUAUUCAUGUCUCCAGUGCAGAUCCAAAAGCUGCAUCAGAUGCUGCUGCCCUGCCUUCACCUGGCAUCCAUGGACAUUCCUCUGAUUCUAACAUAAAGAUCGGGCAGUUUAUGUCAGAGGUAUCUGUUCCUCUUCCUUCCUUUAACGUCCACGGUCAUGCCUCAGAUUCGCACUUUAGAGUCGGUGAGCAUGUUUCAGAUGUAGUUGCCCCUCUGCCCACCAUCAACGUUCAUGGUCACAGUUCAGAUGCCCAUAUUAAAGUUGGAGAAAACGUCUCAGAUGUUGUUGUACCACUUCCUUCUCCCAGCAUCCAUGGCCACUCCUCUGAUGCUAAUAUAAAAGUGGGCGAGUUUGUGUCUAACAUACCCGAAGAGAGACUUCGUUGGAGUAAACAUGGACAUGCCUCUGACUGCAUCCUUCAAACAGGCUGUGUAGUAUCUGGAUCUGAACCCACUCAGUCCAGUCUUCCUGGAAGCUCUUAUGGUCACUCCUCAGACUCAGCGUUGGUUGUUGGAUGUGUAGUUUCAGGAGACGAACCCAAACGUUCUCCUCUACCUGGCAGUGCCCAUGGUCACUCCUCAGACUCGGCGUUGGUUGUUGGAUGUGUAGUUUCAGGAGACGAACCCAAACAUUCUCCUCUACCUGGCAGUGCCCAUGGUCAUUCUUCAGACUCGACAUUGGGUACUGGAUGUGUGGUUUCAGGAGAAGAACACAAACGUUCUCCUUUACCCGGCAGUGCCCAUGGUCAUUCUUCAGACUCAAAUUUGGGCGGUGGAUGUGUUGUGUCUACAGCUAACCCGCUUCCAUCUCCACUACCUGGCAGUGCUUAUGGCCACUCCUCUGAUUCGAAGCUUGGGGUGGGUUGUGUUGUUUUGGGGACCGAGCCACAAGCCUCUGUACUACCAGGCAGUGCUUAUGGCCACUCAUCAGAUUCUUCACUUGGAGUCGGGUGCAUUGUGAAGGGCAAAGCAAGUGGAAAUCAGCAAAAGACAGAAGCCAACGAAGAUAGAGAUUCUAAGUCAGACAGCCCUGGUGAGCAGCUGGCUGAGGCCAUGGGAUCCUGGGCGGCAGGUUUCGGUUUGUCCCCUGGAGAAAAGUCAGAGCAGGACUACCUCUUGGCUUUGUCUUCUCAGUACCAGGUGGAACACUACGAAGACUGCUACAACCUAAUGGCUUCGUCCCCCGAGUGUCAGCUGCUGAAGCAGGUUACGCGGGGCCCAUGGGGCCUCCCUAUGGACCCCACACUCCGCAGAGCCACAGACACGACUGCUGUCCAACUCAGCGAGAUGGUUUCCCUGCCAGUUCUGAUAAAACACUCUGUCACCACCCCGCUCAUCACACAUGUAUCUCUGGUGAACAAGGCAGUGGUGGACUACUUCUUUGUGGAGUUGGGGGUGGAAAGACACUUUGAGGCGCUGCGCCACUUCCUGCUGAUGGAGGAUGGCGAGUUUGCACAGUCCCUCAGCGAUCUGCUCUUUGAAAAGCUGGGCAGCGGACAGACUCCCGGAGAACUGCUGACCCCUCUGGUGCUGAACUCCAUCCUCAGCAAGGCCCUGCAGUACAGCCUACACGGGGACACCCCCUUAGCCGGCAACUUCACCUUCGCCCUGCGCUACCUCCCGGAAACCUUCCACCCACACGCCCCCGAUUCACUCAACUGUUUGGAGCUACGCUACAAGGUGGACUGGCCAUUGAACAUCAUCAUCACGGACAGCUGCAUGAACAAGUACAACCGUCUGUUCUCGUUCCUGUUACAGCUCAAGCACAUGGUGUGGAGCCUCCGCGAGGUCUGGUUCCACCUCAAGAGAACAGCGCUGGUGAAAGGUGCCGGCCGCUCGGUGCAGUUCCGUCAGCUCCAGCUCUACAGACACGAGAUGCAGCAUUUUGUCAAGGUCAUCCAGGGAUACAUCGCCAACCAGAUCCUGCAAGUGUCCUGGAGCGAGUUCACAGCCAAGCUGGCCACCGCCAGUGACCUGGAUGCCAUUCACCGCACACACGCAGACUACCUCAACAGAGCCAUCUUCAGGGGUUUACUGACGGAGAAAGCGGCUCCGGUCAUGAACAUCAUCCACAGCAUCUUCAGCCUGAUCCUGAAGUUUCGCGCUCAGCUCAUCGCACAGCCCUGGGACAGCCAGCAGGGGGAGGCAGUGCACCCCAGCUUCAUUGCCAUGCAGCAGUCGUACAACACCUUCAAGUAUUACUCUCACUUCCUUUUCAAAGUGGUGACCAAGCUGGUGAACAGAGGCUAUCAGCCUCAUUUAGAGGAUUUCCUCCUGCGCAUCAACUUCAACAACUACUACAAAGACUCCUGAGGCUGUCCGCUGCUGUGUAACGUUUGUACGCCAGCAAAGUGUGCUUGCUGUUUGUUAAAUGCCGAUCCAGUUCAUCACAGCGUGCCACGAGUGUUACAUUUGCAGAAUCCGCCGUGUGUUUGUAAGAUAAGAUAAUCAGACUUAUAGAAUAAAUUAAGUUCCUGAAUGCUAUUUAAAAAAAAACACACUAUAGUUUACUAAGUUUGUAAUAGAGAUGAAGCCGAUGCCUGCUGUAAUGCCUCCAGCUGUGUGCAUAUAAAUUAAAUGUAAAUAGAAAAUGCUUUGUUUAAUAAAUACUCUAUU